AUGAAUCAUACACAUAUUCCAGGCUCCUGGAUAGAUUCACCUACUGGUCAUUCAAAAAUUAAUCUAUUUCAAACAAAAAUAUCUUCUAUGAAGCCAUAUAAUACUGUUCAAAGUCAAUAUUUGGAAGAAAUUAAUAAAUAUUUAAAAAAACCAGAGGAUAUAAAAGCAGUUGAUUCAUAUAUUGAAUCAUUAGAGAAAGAACUGAAUAUUUUUAAAUUACAAGAAAAAAAAGAAACAGAUGAACUUAUAUAUAUUAAGGAUAAAAUGAAUAAGAAUGCAGAAAAAGUAAAAAUAUAUUGUGAAAUAGUUAAAAAUUACUUAAAAAAUACAUCGGAACCAUUUUUAUGGGAGUCAAAAGAAGAAAAAAUAUUUUUUGAUGAGUUAUAUACAAGUAUAAAAUAUUUAAAAAAUUUAGAAGUAUCAAAAACAUAUCUUUUAAUUUUAAUACAAGUAGAAAAACUCAGUUAUUUAAUUGAAGAAUGUAUUGAGACAGAUAAGAAAACAGCAUUAAUAUCUUAUCAUCAAUUAAUUCAAUGGAAUUAUAAUCUUAAAAAAUCAAAUAAAAAUUCAGAAAAACCAUUGGUACAUUUAGAAAUGUUUAUUCAAGAAAGAUUACGUAGCUCGUGGGAUAUAAUUGAAAUAAAAUUAUGCCAAGAUUUUCACAGUCAUUUUGAAGAAAUAGGAUGGCCAGAUAAGAUUAAAAAAGGAAUUUCACCAAGUACAGAAUCUUUUAAACGGUUUCAAUCUAGUUUUCAAACAUUAUUGAUUCAACAUCGAGAAAUAAUUAGAAGUCUUGAAAAUAAAGAUGAAAAUCUUGAAUGCACAGAAACUAAUAAUUCUGAUAUUUUAUUACCUUUUCUGAUUAUGGUUCGUCCAUUGAAUAUUCAAUUUCGUUACCAUUUUAUGGAAAAAAGAAAAACUGAUAGAAUUGAUAAACCAGAAUGGUUUUAUACAUAUAUAUUAGAUAUCAUAUCUUCUUGUGCGAAUUUUUUUUGCAUAGAAGUACAAAAUAUUAUCAAUGAAACUCCAGAACAUAAUAGAAACUCCCUAAAUGAGUUUAUUACUGCUUUAUUAAAAAUAGUAGAAGAAAAAAUAGAGACAUCUAUCGAAUAUCUUUUGAUGAAUGUGCAUGUCUUUUCGCAUUUUGUUCAUGAAACUAUAAAAUUCGAUAAUAUCUUACGACAUGAUUUCGGAUAUUUUCCAUAUAAAGGUCAAUGGAAUGGAAUGAUUCAUAUUGCUUUAGGAAAUUCAAAAAACUUUAUGACAUGGGUUGAGUCGGAAAAAAAGUUUUCAAUUGAACAAUUUCAAAAUAUUAUAGACGUGACUAUGUCUCCAAAUACAUGGGAUUUAGAUUAUGAUAGUGUAGGUGAAUCCGAAACUAAGCCCACCAAUUCUUCCCUUCGUAUAAAAUGUCUUAUAGAAAGUAUUACAGAACAAUAUCGCCCUUUAAAAGAUUUUAAUCAAAAAUCAAUAUUUUUCACCGAAAUUCAAUGUCAUAUUUUAAAUAGUUAUUAUGAAAGACUCAAAUCUGCAGCAGAUGCAUUUGAGGUAACUUUUUCACGAAUAAUUCAAGCAGUAUCUGGCAAUAAAACAGACAAAAUGAUACAGGAUGUAAAAGGAUUGGAAACAUUAUGUAGAGUAUAUGGUAGUUGUAUCUUUAUAGAAUCAUGUUUAUCUGAUUGGGAUGACGAUAUUUUUUUUCUAGAAUUAUGGCAAAAUUUAACAACAAAAAAUAAAACUAUUUAUGAAGCCAAUACAAAUUCAAAAAAUCCGAAUUCCUUAUUAGAAUAUGGUCAAGGUAGUUUGUUUAGCAAAAUAUCGCUUUUAUACUUUAAUCUUCAUGAACGCACAGAAAAAUUAAUUAUUCGACAUUUAGAGCGUGAAAUAAAAGAAAAAUUUCAGCCAUAUUUCAAGAUUUAUACCUGGUCUUCUUUAGAGAAUCCUUCAUCUUCAAUAGCCAUGUCAUCUCCAGUAUCAAUGCAAAUGGUGGAUGCAUUAAAAUUAGUAAAUUCAUUAUUGAAUUUUUUAAAAAGAGCUGUUUCUCAUUUAACUUUUCUUCGUAUUUAUAAACAAUUUUCAUUAACAGUUGAAAAUCUCUUAUGGAAAAAAAUUAUAUUAAAAAAUGACUUUUCUGAAAGAGGAGGAAUACAGUUUACUAGAGAUAUUUGGGAAUUUUGGGCUACCUGUAGCAAAUAUGUAGAAAAACCGGAGCAAAAUAUGAAAAAAAUUGAAGAUGCCACCAUCCUUUUAUCUUUGAAUUCCUCAAAUGAAAAUGAUAAAAAAUCCAUAUCAACUGUUGCUUCUAUAAUUUUUGAUACAUACAAAAGUUUUGAAGAAAAAAAACAAUAUUUAAAAACAAUAGGACUUAAACACAUAAAUAUAGCAGAAGCAAGAGAUAUCCUUCAAAAAAGAAUCGAUUGUUGGGCGCAGUAA